AUGGCACCCUUGCGUUUGGCUCAAGCAGCUAUUUUCAGUGGUAAAGGAUUUGAGGAUGCUGCAGCUUAUGCUCGCUACCUUCUCAAGUUCCAAGAUCGUCCGUUGUGCCCUUCCAUCACCCUUUAUCCUUCCAGGUUCAACAGGUAUGAGAUGGAUAUUCCGCGCCUGGUUAAUAUUGCAUGGGGGGACAUACUUCCUAAUCGAAAUUUUGGUUUUCGUCCUGAGGCGGUGCGAAUGUUCUAUGUGAACAUGAAGCCCUGUUAUCACAUCUCUCCACCCUAUUUCACAGCGAUGUCUAUAACUAUAUGA